AUGCAGUUACUAGAAAAUAAAGAACCAAGAAAUGACACUAAUAUAACUGAAUUUAUUCUGCUGGGAUUUGGGAGUCACCAGGUCCUUCAGAUUCUUCUUUUCCUGCUGUUCCUCCUUAUCUACAUUGCGACUUUGACUGGGAACAUCCUCAUUGUCCUGCUAGUUGCAACUGACAAACACCUUCACACCCCCAUGUACUUCUUCCUUGGCAACCUCUCCUUCUUGGAGACUUGCAGCAGCACAAAUAUCUUGCCCAGAAUGUUGUCUAGUUUCCUUACAGGAAAGAAGACCAUUUCAGUCAGUGAGUGCUUUCUGCAACAUUAUUUCUUUGGUUUUUUUGGAGCUGCAGAAUGCUGCCUCUUAUCUGCAAUGUCCUAUGAUCGGUACUUAGCUAUAUGCAAACCGUUGCAUUAUGUCAACAUGAUGAAUGACAAGUUGUGUCUCCAGCUGAUAGCUGGCUCUUGGUUUAAUGGUUUCCUGGCAAAUACUCUGUCAUUAACCUUUGUGCUGAAGCUAGUUUUUUGUGGACCCCACAAAAUCGACCAUUUCUUUUGUGAUACCUUUCCAAUCAUAGAACUAUCGUGUAGUGACACUCACAUAUUUAAACUGUAUAUGUAUAUAUUAUGCUCUAUAUUUACCUUCCCCCCAUUUAUAUUGACCCUAACAUCAUAUAUUUUCAUCAUUGAAGCAAUAAUGAAAAUCCCUUCCACUGAAGGGAAGCAAAAGGCAUUUUCCACCUGUUCAUCCCAUCUCUUUGUUGUCACCCUUUUCUAUGGCACACUGAUGAGUGUCUAUGUGGUUCCCAACACCAAUAGAAUGAAGGGCCUUCAAAAAUUCUUCUCUGUCUUCUACACCAUUUUGACCCCCAUGCUCAACCCCAUCAUAUAUAGUCUGAGAAAUAAAGAGGUGAAGAAUGCCUUGAGUAGAUUUUUAUCAUGUCUGUUGGUUCCACCUCAAAAGCCGAAUCAUAUAUAG